AUGAACUUCUUGCGAAAAAGAAGGGGAGACGACGACUCAGGGUUAGUGGAUGAAAACUCCAGGCAUAAAUCAAAAAAACCUGCCAAUACUGCCUUCAAACAACAGAGAUUGAAAUCAUGGCAACCGAUUUUAACUCCUAAAUCUGUUUUACCAUUGUUGUUGGUAAUAGCAGUGAUUUUUGCGCCAUUGGGGAUCGUGAUGUUGCUAGCAUCAUACAAUGUUCAGCAAAUAGUAAUAGAUUAUUCGAAAUGUAGCUCUCUUGCAACAAGCUCUUACAACUCAAUCGGCAAAAAAUAUUACACCCAGCAUUUCAAGCAGUCUUCUAAUACUUCUCCAUCUUGGAAGAUCACCAACAAGACAGUGACUGUUGAUCUGGAUAAUAGCUAUGACACGCAGGUUUGCAGUAUCCAAUUCACCGUCCCAAACUCGAUAGAUGGCCCUAUUUAUAUGUACUAUAAGUUAACAAAUUUUUACCAGAAUCACAGAGAAUACGCCAACAGUUAUGAUUUGUCACAGCUAAAAGGUGUAGCGGUGUCUGCUGGUGAUGUGAGCAGUGAAUGCUCUCCAUUGGCUAAAAAUUCGGAAGGCAAAGCUUAUUAUCCAUGUGGUUUGAUUGCGAACUCUUACUUCAAUGACACUUUCAGUUCUCCAGUAUUGUUAAAUCCCCAAGGAUCAGAAAGUGAGCAAAACUACACGAUGUCCACCACGGGAAUUUCAUGGUCCUCAGAUGUUAAUAUGUAUAAAAACACCGAAUACUCCCCAUCAGACGUUGUUCCGCCUCCAAACUGGCAUAAAAGGUAUCCAAAUGGGUACACCGAUCUGAACAUGCCAGAUAUUUCCCAAGAUGAGCUCUUUCAAAAUUGGAUGAGAGUCGCGGGGUUGCCAAGUUUCAUGAAGCUUGUGGGCAAGAACACCAACGAUACUCUUGACGAUGGUAAUUAUAGAGUAGAUAUCGAAUUGAAUUAUCCAACCAGCAUAUUUGGUGGUAAGAAAUACUUUGUCUUGACCACAAACAGUGUUCUUGGGGGCAGAAAUCUCAGUUUGGGUAUUGCUUAUCUUGUUACCGCUGCGAUUUGCGUAUUGUUCGGUAUAAUAUUCCUAAUGAAGCAAAUUAUUAGUCCAAGAAAGAUUGGUGAUAACAAGUACUUGGAUUUCAAUAAAGGUGAACAAGCUGGUGGUGGGCGUGGAUUCAGAGAUAUCCUAUGA